CCAGGCUUGCUCGCCUUAGCCUCCAUAAAAUAUGGCGACGAUGUUCGGUUGUCGGAUAACGGAAGGUUACCGUGUUUUCACAACUUGCCAGCGCCACAUACCUCAACAAGUAAAGUUCAUCUGUGUAAAACAAGUUGGAAGCAUUUACCAUUGCUUGGAUAGUAAUCAAACUACAAACUUUUCUACAUCUUCUGCGAAUUCAACAAGGGGAGAUUCACGGGUUCAAAAAUUUCGUAAAGUUGUCGACACUUUUGUUGCUGGAAGUAAACAGUUAGGCAAGGAUGUGAAGCUCAUGCUUGAUAUACAGAAAAAGUUGAGAAAUAGUAAUUACAACUGGGAUGGUCUAAAAACAGAGGAAAUUAUCCAUUUACAUCAGGUAAUUAAAGAAAUAACUUCAACAGAUUUCUGGUCUUUGAAGGACAAAGUGAUGCGUACUGGAAAACAUAAUCAAAGGCCGCGGAUCAAUCUUCACAAAAUAUUUACCACCUUAAAGAAAUGCUCUGUAAAAUUUGAGAGCCUUAUUUAUGAGGUGCUUCUGACUGACUCUUAGAACAUUCAAACCACAGGGCGUCCAAGCACAAUGUUAGCAUACAAUGGGCACUUUAAACACAACGAUAUAUCUAAGGUAUUCUGUGCAACGUUUAGUUCAAAGAUUAUGAAGGUUUGUAUGGGAUCGCAACCUAAGUAACUUACCAUCUUAAUAUUGUAGCGUGAGAAAACAGUUGACUUUUCGUAACACCACCACUGAUUUCCCGGUGAAAUGUUGUCUGAGAUAAACAAGUCACAAGAAUUCCAUACUCAAAACACAUCACUACCAAGAUCUGGGUAGUGCUUUUGAUUGGCUGAAAAUUUGCUUCAACCAAUGGAAGCAUUACCCAGAUGUGGGUAGUGAUGCUUCAUCAGUUUGUGUUCCUUGUCAUUUAUCUGCUUUUUUGCCCAAAUUCUGCUGAUCUCAGCACUUUAUUGUCCCUUGAGUUGGGAUUUCUUCUUUUGAAAUUAAUUAUCCCAUACAAACCCAGCCUCCUUUGCAGCUUCAUACUCUUCAAACCCACCAGUGAAACACAACACCUCAUGUAUGUUAUGUCGUCCAUAGUAUGCUAAAUAGGCUUGGUCUGGCUGUGCUCAGACACACCACUCCUGUUAAAACUUUUCACUUAGUUAUGCACUAAUCAGUGGAAAGCCCUGCACCCCCAUACCCUGGGAAUGCGGGGCAGUAGCGGGAGAUUUCAGGGGUUUUAGACUGUCACUUUGCCAGGCUAUGUGGGGUUUUCAACAGUAUAAGAUGCAAGUAUCAGCUAGUGGGGACCAAUAGCAGGGCUUAGACGGGGAUUUGCCCUUCACACUAUCUUGAAUAGGCACGGCAUGGGCCCAGGGGUAGGGGAACAGAAGCAUAUAAACAUUACUUCUUAUGGGAAAUAACUGGAAUAUUGUUCUGGGUAGGCAUAUUAGCUGGAGGUCUCAUGCAACUAUAAUCACUUGGAGAGAUUAUGAAGUUUGGAAUUCCAAAUCUGUAACUUAAGGUAGUUUUUUGUUCAACUUUACACUUUUGCCCGUGUGAGAGAUGGAGAGCAUUGUUCACUUUACUAUUUGUAAAAGUUUAAUUCUUUAUUUCUUGAAAUACAUUAAUUUUGGUCAACAUUGUACAAUUAUUGACGUACAGAAUUGCCCCCGUAGUGGGGAAUUUGCCUCUUUUAGAAGGUAUGUAUGGUCUAAUGCCCUGUUUUUCCCCGGGUAUGGGGGUGCGGGGCUUUCCACUGAUUAUGCAUUAUUUAAAGCAAUAUUUUUUCCUCACGCAUUAUUUCAUUACACUGUAAUGUUAGCCUUUUUUACAAGUACAUUAUUUACACAUGAAAUGAUAAGUUAAUGGUGACACACUAUCGCCCAAACAUCAUGUAUUUAUGGCUUAUUUUCAUUGUUUCGUGCUUGGUGAAAUCUUUCAACAUAAGAAAUUUAGAACUGGAAGUUCUUUCAACUUGGGGACAGGAUGAUUUUAAAACUUUUUGUAAUGAACUCUGACUUACUAAUAUUGACCUCUGUUCUUUUGUAGACAAGGAAAGACCUUCUUAAGAGUUUGCCAGUUGUGGUAGCUUUCUUUAUUCCAUUCUUGGGCUAUGCUGUUCCACUUGUAGCGUAAGUGCUCCUUUUUCAUGGUAACUGCAAUGACCAUACCGGUAAAUACCUGAUUGGGUAAUAAAUAUAAACCCAAGACUUCAUCUACAUUUACAAUGCUAAUGAAAUCACCAGUCAUCAAUGAUUGCACUAGAAUCUUUUUUUUAAUCAAGACUGUCAUCCACCACUGCUUAUUAUUAAAUUGUGUAUAUUCAAGUCAUAGGUUCUUUGUGUCUAUUAAUUUUCCAGCUUCCUGUAUCCUAAGCAGCUGCUAUCCCGUCAUUACUGGCAGCCACACCAAUGGGAAAAGUUUGCUUUGCAGGAUGUCAGAAGACGAACAAGAUAUUAUCUUCCUGUUGUCAGAGAAGUUGGAAGGUUAGCGUUGAGUCACAAAGCAAACAUUAACCGCCAAUCAACAGAUCUAAUGUCUACUUCAGUUAAGGUACAUAAUGUUAUUAAUUUUCUUUUAGCUGUGAUACAUCAACAUCAUGUUGAGGCUUGGGUGCAGGUGACUAAGUUCCAUGAUUUCAAAUGGUUGCAGAUCAUCUAUGUAGAUGUAGUUAAAAAUGUUAGUGUACAUGUCUUAGUGCUGCGCGAGCCUGAGAUGCUGAUAGUGACACACUGUUUUCCCCACUCCCUUGUUGAAAAUUUAACCUUGAAUUCACCAACUUCAUUAUUCACGCUGUCAUCCAUUUUCAGUAUCAUCAAAGCACUUAAAGUUUUGGCACCAGUUGUUCAAACCUUGAAAAGUGCUAUCCCCUGGAGAAAUCACUAUCCAGCUAACAGCAAUUAUUAGAGAAAACAUGGACUCAAAUUUCACUUCAUGUGGGACAAAUUAUUUGUCUCACCUCUGGUGAGGGCUGUUACCUGCCACAUCACUGGUUUUAGCAACUUAAUGACAGUGCACAUUUAGUGCUGAAAGAAACUUAAUAUUUAUUAAAAUUAAUCUGUACUUGAUAUUUCUUUCAGGUUGUGAACAAGCAGCAUCCUUCAAAUGAAGAGCUUCUAAGUGCAGUGGAAUUUUUUAAGGGAGAACUUCUCAGCUUUGAUCACCUACCUCGCUACCAUCUGGUGAGGGAAUUAGCUAACAGUAAAUCAUAACAAGCAAAAAAUAUAAUGGCACUGAGAAUUUUCUUUUUGUUUUGAUCCAGAAAAAACUUAGUCAGGUCUGGCUUAUUAGCCCAUGGCUUCCAAAGAGGUUUAUGCGAGCUCGAUUGAAGAAACUUUUACAAGCAAUACAAAAAGAAGAUGCUGCUAUAAAGAGAGAAGGACUGGAGAGUCUUAAUGAACAACAACUGAAAGAUGUGAGUUAUUUUUACUAUGCCUCCUUGUUUAUAAUAUAUGUAACAGUCUCACAUCUUGGUGUAGUACAUUCAUUAGAUAAGUUUAUCAUACUCUAUUUUUAUUGUUUAAGUAUCCCAAAAAAAGCAGCCAAAUUUAUUGAAAGCAAAUAGUACUCAUCAAAGUUUCAUUAUUGAAUUAACCUGGUUCCUUUUCUGUCAGGUAUGUCACUCAAGAGGCCUGGACACUAGUGAUGUUGACCCAGAGGCCCUGGUAAUGUGGUUAGCUGACUGGGUGGAGCUAUCAAAUGCUGCAGGAGGUGAACUAUGAAUCUGUUAAAUCAUUUAACAAUAAUUCUAUUACUUCAUGUCUAAAAGAGUGCAAUUAGUGAACUACAAGCAGAUGACUUUAUGAUCAAGUCUUUUUAUGCAUGGUCUAAUGCCUUGUGUUCCCUAGAAACUAAGUGAGUCAAAACUUCGAAACUACAGUAUAAACAAGCUGUUUCACAGUGAAUGAUAUUAAAGUAGCUAAAUGUAUUAUCUUUUUAAUUAGUUAGUUAGUAUAUGUGCGUUAAGCAUAGAAAGGCUUGAACUAAGUUCAUGUUACUUAAGAGCCUCCAGGUAAAGUUUCUUAGUGAUAAAACUUUUCACAGUUGUGGGCUUAGCUUCUGAGUGCAUGUGAGGCUUAAACCUUGCAAAGGCAUUUCCUUUCUUAUGUAAAUUAUGCUAAGAACAACACAAUUUACAUAACAACGCUGAAACAGUCAUUUCUAAGCAAGGCCACUUCAGCCAGAUUUUCCUCCUGUAUCUGUAAAUGGGCUGCUCCCGUGUAGUUGUUCUUUCUUCGAUCAUCCACUAGCAUUUAAACAUCUUUUUCGUGGCCUGUAGUUAUUUCAAAUAAAUUCUUGUAGUUUGAAGAUCAUUCUUAUUAAUAUCAUUAGUUGUAGUUUUCAAGAAAUCAGUAAUAAUACUAGUAAGCUGCCAGGUUAGCUUCACUCUAACCAUUUUUUUCCUUUUUGUUUACACACAGACAUGGAUGAAUCCUUUUUGGCUCACUGUGCCAUUUUUAAGGCCAUAAAUUAUAAUGCUGACAAAGAUGUCCUCAUCAGUCAAAGAAGUUGA